AUGGGGUGGGGUUUGACAAGGACGCAUUGCCAAUGUAACGGCAGCUACGGUGCAUCGGCGCAGGAAUGCCCUCCAUCAAAGCAAGUCCCGUCGGCAUGCCCUCCCAUCAUAACCGCCGCAGUGAAGUCCACUUGUGGAGCAAGACGGAUGUUCGUUUCUGUCAUCAUCCUGAUCUUUUUGUUGGCCGCUAUAUAUUGGGCAUCUCUGCGCCAGCAAGCGAACCCCGGCGUACGUCGACCAAUGAGAAUUCAGCCCCAAGCUUCGCGAAAUACCGCGCCGGAGCAAACCGAGACUGUGGAAAUGUCUGAGAGAUGAGAUA